GGCGUCUUCAGGUUCUAUUGGGAAGUUGUUGUUUUCGUCGCCCAGAAUAGGAUCCUCUCGUUUCGCUAUCGCUCCGCUCUCGGAGCAUUGGACCCGGAUCGCGGAUCCGCCAGAAUUUAGUCUUCAUUCGGUAACGGGACUCGUCGUGCGUGCUUAGCGAAAAAGUUGUCGUCGGUGAAUCUCGGUGUCUCUACUUUCCGGUUCCUCCUCACAGGCGUAUCUGGAUCCUGGUUUCCUGCAAGUGGGUGGUGUUCUUGGUGUUGUGAAGCAGAGGCUGCUUCGAGGAAAGUGUUUGGAAAGCAGGAUUAACCACCCCCUGGGAAGGUGGAAAGUUAAAUUUCAGGUGUUUUGAUUCCGUAAAAACAACGCAAAGUUAAAAAGUGUUUCUCAAUAACCGCUAGAAAUUCUGCGAUAAAGUCCGGGAGUCUAUCCGAGAGGAGAGAAUCUCCCACGUUGUGUUUUGUUGUUGUUGUUGUUGCGUGUCGCAGUGGCCGUUUUCGUCUCGGGUGUUUGUGGUCCUACAAAAAUUAUCACAUAAAAAGUGCUUGUGCUAGAUUUUGUGUUGUUCGGUUAAGCUUGAAAAAUUUGAAUAGCAAAAAAAUGGCACCCGGUGUUUGUAUUCGUAAGUGCCAGCUGGUCGUGAUGAAGCUGGACCUCUGGUCCGGAUCCCGUUCUGGAUUAAAACCACUUGUGGCCGCCAACUUUGGCCAGCGCCAGUAUCAUGCCAAUAACCGAAAUCAGAACGGUCAACUUUACUACCAGCAGCAGACGUCGUCAUCGAUGUUCGGGAUUUCCGUGACAACGAAUCCAUGGUAUCGAAUAGCCCGGAAAGGAUACUGUACCAGUAGCACUACUAGCAGCACAUCAGCAGACCCACAGACCAGCGAUUUCAGUAAAGAAGUCACCAUUAGAUACAGCCGCGGUCUGCCACAUGUAACCGUCCCACUGCCAAGCCGGAACGAACGCUGCCAGUUCACUUUGAGGCCCGUGACGCACAACGUCGGCAACUUCCUGGAAAUGCUCAAACAGGAAGACCGCGGAAUCGACCGGGCGGCCAUUCUCAACAUGGAAGGCGUCCGGAUAGCAGCGUCCUGCUCGAUCGAAACCCUGAUGGACGACGAGUUUUGGUUGCACCUGAACGACCGGCAGUACCACGUGAAACCCCCGAAACGGGAAAAAAUUACCUCAGAAGAGCUAACCAGACUUGGGGACGUGCAAGCGCUGGUGGCACAGCUGUACGAAGCACUGAACGUAGGUGAACAUCAAAUUAGGAAAGAACGCGAACUAAAUAGCAAAUUGGAAGAGCUGCAGCAGAAGUUGGGACCUCUGGAAGUGAAAAAGAACGAGCUGGACCUGAAGGCAUCCCGCAAAACCAACUACCUGACGUGGUUCGGGCUGGGGCUGAUGUCGAUGCAGUUUGGAAUCCUGGCCCGGCUGACCUGGUGGGAAUACUCCUGGGACAUCAUGGAACCGGUAACGUAUUUCGUGACCUACGGCACGGCCAUGGCGGCCUACGCGUACUUUGUACUGACGAAACAGGAAUACAUUCUUCCGGAUGUGAAGGACCGUCAGCAUCUGAUCACGAUGUACAAGGCAGCCAAAAAGGCGGGUCUGGAUCUGAACGCCUACAACGAUACCAAGCGGCAGAUUGCCGAAAUCGAGCAUGACUUGAGGCGGCUCCGGGAUCCACUGUACAUGCAUCUUCCUGCUCCGCCGCCAAAAUCGGGCAACUACAGUGCCACCGAAAUUGCCACCUCCAAGAAGAUUCUCAAGGAAGCCCUGGAAAGGGCCAGCGGAAUCAACCAAUCGACGGCAUCCAAAAUCAGCAAUCUGCUAGAGAACACCGGAAAUCCGUUCCGGAGCAAAAAAUAAAACUUCCUGUCGCCUCGGAUUUACCGCCGCAAGGAAACUUGGCGGCCCUCUUGGGACUUCUUCGGGAAGUUCCUCGAGAUGGCGCUUACUCGACCAGUAGAACUAACAUCAUCAGCAGUUAUAGUCAGUCAGUAGUAGCCAAGCGAUGAUACACAACAUUACUCUCAGAUCUACCGUAUUCAACUAACGAUCAAAGUUCCUCCGUUUUAAAUUUUCCUCUUCUUCCUCUUUACCUAUUGUUGACGAUUUAGAGAAAAAAAAACCAAACCAAUCUUAACUAAAGAACAAAAAAGACAAAAACAA